AUGGCCCAAGGAGCUCUCAAGAAGAACAAGAAGGUCACCGCCACCGCCCAGCGGGAAUCCAGAGCCAACGCUCGCACAAGGCCCGGUGUCAAACAGAUCGCGCCUAAGAAGGCCGCCCUCGUCAAGCAGGCUAAGUUGACCAAAAGACUUACAUCCGGCCUCGUCGGGAGAACGGAGCGCAGUCUGGCGCAGAAGGCGGGUCAUUUGGAACUGCUCGCUGGUGGCAAGAAGGAUAGAGGCGGGAAGAAAUAA